GGCGGCCUCCAUAAGCUCCCAGAUCUUUCCCAACAACCAAACACAAAACGCUCUCCUCUCCUCUCUUCUCCUCAUCUCUUCUUCUCUCAUCAGAUCCUUUUAUCUCUCUCUUUUUAAGCUCCCCAAUACAAAUCUCUGGUCCUCUCUUGUAUAAAACACAUCCAAAUUCAAAAUCUUCCCGCUCCUCCCUUUUCCGUUCGAUUUUCCCCAAAUUUAAAUCGCCGCAGAUCUGUGCAACCUCUUUCAAGAGACUAGAGAGAGCGGAAGAAGCGCAAGGUCUUGACUAGAAUAACUAAAGAAAGAAAAAGAAGGGAAUGGCAGAACCAGGGUUGGAGGGCAGCGGAAGCCAACCUGUAGAUCUCAAGCAACAUCCUUCUGGGAUCGUCCCUACUCUUCAGAAUAUUGUGUCCACAGUCAAUUUGGACUGCAAAUUGGAUCUUAAGGCCAUUGCGUUGCAAGCUCGUAAUGCAGAAUACAAUCCCAAGCGUUUUGCAGCUGUGAUUAUGAGAAUAAGAGAACCGAAAACUACUGCACUGAUAUUUGCAUCUGGUAAAAUGGUUUGUACAGGAGCUAAGAGUGAAGUACAAUCGAAAUUGGCAGCACGGAAGUAUGCUCGAAUCAUUCAGAAACUUGGUUUUCCUGCCAAGUUCAAGGACUUUAAAAUCCAGAACAUAGUUGGUUCUUGUGAUGUUAAAUUCCCCAUAAGACUCGAAGGUCUGGCAUAUUCCCACGGUGCCUUCUCAAGUUAUGAACCAGAACUGUUCCCUGGCUUGAUUUAUCGAAUGAAACAACCAAAGAUUGUGCUUCUUAUCUUUGUGUCUGGAAAAAUUGUUCUCACAGGAGCAAAGGUAAGAGGUGAGACAUACGAAGCCUUUGAGAACAUAUACCCAGUUCUUACAGAAUUCAGGAAAAAUCAGCAGUGAUUAGUAUUGGGAAGAACCAAGGUACAAUUGUGUUUCAGGAAGGUCUUCCAAGAUGUAUGGAAAUGUGGAAAUGGAAUGCACAGGGGUUGAAUUGGACUGUAAAUAAGUAGAUUGUGCAUUGUUUGAUCAGUCAAUGAAAGAAAAAUAGAGACUCGUUAUUCCGUUC